UCUACCUAAGCACCCACUCCUCUACCAGUUGGUGUUAAUCCUUAUGGAUACUACUGUCGUUCCAACUAUGCAUUGAUUAGUACUUUUUGUUGUUGGUAUUGAUGAUACUCAGGAUUUAGAUAGGCUUCGCAUGUUAUUUCAGUAAUUUAAAUCGCGUUUUUACCUUGCUAGUGUACCAGGUAAACAGAUAAGACCGUGUAGAAGCGUUACGAUGGUUCGAAAAAACCUUGCUAGAUUCAAUGUACAUAAUAUAAAUUCGAUGUGGGCCUUAGUUUCAGGGAUUGGUAGACUAGCUGAAUGAUUCAGCUUUGCUUAUUCGUUCCCAGAAUGCAUGGAAUGCAAUAUAUGUAUUUUACUUGACGAUGACGACAUGCCUAGUCGGCGUCUCACGGUGUGCGGAGCAAAGACGAUGCCGGAUCGGGCGUCAUGAUGGAUUUGUCAGCGAUUAUAUCUCUCCACUUCAAUCCGUUUGGAGUCCGACUUGAGAGAUAAAUAAUGAACAAUCCUUUUCUGUAGAUAGCAAUAUAAGACCGUCCCCCAUUAAGCAGCCCGCAUAUCAUUAGAAUCAUUCACUGGAGUUACCAGAGCACAAUGACGAAUAUUAAUAUCAAAAUUGUAUCGGACACUGUCUGCCCAUGGUGCUACAUAGGCAAGAAGCGGGUAGACAAAGCCAUCGACCUCUACCGCAAGGUCUACCCAGGCGCCAAAGAUGACACGUUCACCAUCACCUGGGCGCCGUUCUACCUAGACUCCACGUCGCCCAAAGUCGGCGUCCCCAUCACAGAGCGCAUGGUACAGCGCUUCGGCCCGGAGCGGCUCGCCGCCCUGCAACAGCGACUGACGACGCUAGGCCGCGAGGAGGGCAUCAACUUCGGCUUCAGAGGCAAGGUCGGCAACACGCGCGACUCGCACCGGCUGAUCCAGCUCGGCAAGACGAAGAGCAACGAGGUCGAGAACCGCGUCGUGCUGGAGCUGUUCAAGAGCUAUUUCGAGGGCGACGGCGAUAUCACUUCGCACGACACCUUAAUCGCCGCGGCUGAGAAGGCGGGCCUGGAUAAGGCUGAGGUGAAGGAGUGGCUCGACACGGGAAAAGGCGGCAAGGAGGUCGACGAGGAGGUCCAGGAGGCGGUUGCGAAGGACAUACAUGGGGUACCUCAUUUCACGGUGCAGGGAAAGUAUGAGGUUGAUGGCGCGCAAGAUGCGCAGGCUUUCUUACAGGCGUUCGCGAGUGUCAAGGAAGGGAAAUAAAAUGUCGCCAAGUGUAUGUCUAGGGCCGGUCGGUGGCGUUAAAC